CAACCACACAGCCGUGGAUGCACACCGGAAGUACUUACUGCCACCACACCAGAGAUGGAAUCACGUAAUCAACAUGGCGGCGGUCUUCUACAUCCGGUAGCAUGGCAUGACGUUUUGUAUGCUUUUGCGCGAAGGCCGAAGUUUCGAGUUGAGUUAGCCGCAGUUACUGUUCAAGUGAUGGAGUUCAACUUUGACAACGACAUCUUUGAGGCCAGCAGAGAAAGAACACAAAGUCUCCCAUCGCACUAUGAAGCCAAGAUCUGCAAAGACAAGUGGUUUGCUUCAGCCGUGGCUAGGGAUGCAGAAGAGGAAUUGCUUAUCGCAAAACAUAUGGCAGACAACAAGUAUUACAACAAAGAAUACAAGGAGGCGCUAGAUUACUACAUAAAAUGCCUUGCUCACAUACCGGCAUCAAAUACUGCAGCUCAGCGCGAUUGCAUUGAAGGGAAGUGCCGAUGCUACUUGAAGCUUGGGCAGUACGACGCCGCGCUAGAGUUAUCUAAGGAGCUGGACCAACUUUGUCUAAACAACGACCACAGGGUAAUAGUUUGGCGGCUAUUAUCGGAAAUUCACAACUUCAGAAAUAAAAAAGAAGGUAAAUCAUAUAAAUUAGAUGAACAGGCUGCACUUUGCAAGUGCAUUUGUUUUCAUCCGGAGACCUCAGAGUUCUGGUACCGGCUUUCGCUGUGUUAUUUGUCACAAGCAAAGGCCAGUGGCUGUCGAACCAUCUCAAAUUUGUCUGUAAUCCUCACUGCUGCUGCAUGCUUGACCAAGACCAGCCUGCUGUAUCAAGGAAGCAUGUCGGGACAGAGGUCAUUCGCAAGGGUCGAAAACUUGCGGAAGCAAGAAAAGAUCAGCAAGCUAUUGCAAGAAAUCAGUGCAGCUGCAGAGUUUCGUGAAUUGGCUAAGAAGGAGAUGACAGCGGAUGCCGACACAAGCGAAGAGGUCCGAUCCGAAGACUGCGCGGAUAUCAUAAAGGCCAAUACACCACCAGCAGAAGUUGUGGCGCUCUUUGAAAAGAAGUGGUUUGCUUGGAUAGAAAAAUACGAAAAACAACCCCUCAAAUGAUCAGAAAAAUGUUGUCAAAGGUUUGACAAACAACUUCUGACAUCUAUCUUCACAAUCCACUUAUUGAAGUGAGUGCCAAAUGAAAAACAGUUCCCGCCUCCGCCAGUCACCAUGAUAGCAUCUUCGCACAACACACUUGUGUGUUUGAACAGCAUUAUUGGCCGUUCGGGGCUCUGACAGGGAAAAGCCACCUCGACGCACUGCCCGCUGGUCAGGUUCACGACCCCAACGCCACACGGUCUGGCAUGAUUCCUACUGACACCGCCAACCAACAGAAGCAAGUUUGGCCACAGAAAAUGUGCGGAGUGACUGUAUCUUUCCGUAACGCCACUGACUCGAAGCGCUUCCCACGCACCACACUCUGCAUCGUAAGAAUAAAUCGAUUUCGACGGAACUUCGUCCUCUCCGAGUCCGCACGUGACGAGAACCUUUGUGUCGUUCACGGUGACAGCUGCGUGACUGUGUCGUCUGCUAGGAGUCUCUGCACUAUGGGGUAUUUCCGUCCAAGUGUUGCUGGUCGCGGAAUAAACGUAGCAGUCGUUAAGGGCAGGAUCGUGAGGUGUCCGUCCACCAAAAAGGAAAGCAAACUCUCUGCCGCGCGACUGUACGACGUUUAGAGUGUGCCUCCACCUUGGCUUAGGUGCAGAGUUACGCUUAAUACACGUUGCAGUAAAGCGAUCUGGCUUUCCCCCACAUGGAUGUAGCAUGAUGUCGUCUUGGCAUGCGUGAAGCGGAGAGGUUCGUCCACCGUUGAUGAAGAUGGAGCCGUCCGCGAACCGUACGACACAAGCAUGCUGACGUCCGUCGAAUGCCUCUUCGCUGUCGAUUUCAAUCUGUCGCGUUGUGUUUGUCUCUAAAUCUGUAAGUACAGGGGUGAAGACCCGCUUGUGCACCCCGUCACUGUUUGCAAAUCCGCACACUGUAAGGACAGUAUCUUUUGAUAAAAUAACCGAGCUGUGA